CACUCUAGGGUGCCAUAGACGUUUGGCUGCCAUCGUGAUAUCCAAAUCGUCAGUAAAGUCGUCCAGACCACGGAUAUGAGCCGGAGCCGAAGCCAAAGCCGGAGUCGAAGCCGAACAGUGGGGCUCCCGGGACCCGACUUUCCUGACGAACAAUCCGAGCGAUACGACCAGAUCUCUCAGGGCCUGCUGCAGUUCGCGCUGGAGUUGUGCCGCCAGCUGCGCCUCGCUGGCCGCACGGGCAACAUCCUCUUCUCGCCUUACGCUGUGGCGAGCACGCUAGAAGUGCUGCUGCACGCCGCCAGGGGCGCCACCGCUCACCAGAUCGCGUGCGCACUCCACCUGCAGCCCGCGCGCCGCUCUCACUGGCCGAUCACGGACGACUACUUCGCUCGUCUGCACGCCCAGUGCCGGUCCUGCGUGAGCGUGUCCUCACUGCGCCUGAAGCUGGGAAACCUGAUCUACCACGACCGGAGCCUGCGGAUCCGGCGCGAGUUCCGACGGCGCGACGCGGCUGGCGCCGUGCGCCUCCGGGCGCACGACCUCGCGGCCGACCCGGACGGAAGCCUGACGCGCAUCGCCGACGAGGCGCGCCAGGCGGUGCCGCGCUUCGGCGCCCACGAGAUCCUGCCGGAGCUGUCGUCGUCGUCGGCGGUGGCCCAGGCCGGUCUGGUGUCGAGCACCUCGCUGCUGCUGCUCAGCUUCGUGGGCUUCGCCGGCGGCUGGCGGGUGCGGUUCAGCCGAGCGCGCACCACCGACGCCGAGUUCCACUUGGCACCCGGCAGGACCAAGAAGGUGCGCAUGAUGCACCAGUCGGGCCGUUUCUUGUUGGCCGACUGCCCUGCGCUGGGCGCCAGCGCGUUGGUGCUGCCGUACCGACACUCGGGCGCCGUCAUGGUGCUCUUCCUGCCCCAAGACCUGGAUGGACUUGGCGCGCUGCAGGAACAGCUCAGUGCCGGCACAUUCGAGCUGCAGUUCCGCGAGUGCGACGUCGACGUCAGCCUGCCCCGGUUCCGGCUGCGACAGGUGACCGACCUCAAGCGCGUUCUUCCAGCCUUGGGCGUGGAUGACGUGUUCACGGAGCGCGCUGACCUGUCCGGCCUCAGCUCGGCCAAAGGAGUGCGGGUGACGCUGGCGCGACACGCGGCCUGCUUCAGCGCCAGCGAGCGCGGCGGCAAGCCACAGCAACCGGACGCGACACCAGCGACAGCCGAGGCGUCGGCCCCGUCGGCCACUUCGACGGCGUCUGACGCUGGACCGGCGCCCGCACGGCUGGCGCCGGACGCUGACAACGCCGCAGGUCCCGGCGCCAAACACUCUGAGCGGCGCAAGUUCGUCGUCGACCACCCGUUCAUGUUCCUCAUCUUGAACAACGGCGUCGACUUCUUCCUGCUCUUCGGACUCGUCAAGAAAUGACCGUCUUUAGGUCGCCAUUCGACGCGCGCUCUGAAGUGCGCAAACAAUGCAUUUAUAGAAAGCUUUGAUGUACAAAAAAAAAGUGCACAGCUUGCGUUCACAGCUUUAUUUGCAUUGUUUGUCUCUGUGCUAGCAGCGGACAGCAGUUGUAUUGCACUGCAGUAGGUGACAGAGCUUGAGUAUCUCUAUGGCGUGUCGGCAGCACAGAUAUGAUCAUUAUUCACUGAAUUCAUAGGAAGUCAGUACCUCCGUUUAAUACGUGAAGUGUUUGAAUAAGUCGACUUGCUUGCAGAAUCGUACCAACAUGCCUUGAGUAGUGCUACCAUAAAGCUUCCACAUGAGGAAAAGUCAUUUUGAGUGCUACGGCAGGUAAGCGCUCUAAAUUGGGUUUGCAUUUGCGACUGUCUGUCCGUUCGUCGACACCCUUAUAGGCUGACGACGACCCUAUCCUCGUGAAUAAAAAAUAAUUUGAAUAUCUCCAAGCUACGGCAAACAACAUUACCUUGGUUGUGACCAGCUACGCGGCAUUCGCAUAUGUUAAAACUCUGGCUGAAGUUAGCUGGGACACACGGUACAUGCACACUCUCAGCACUUCAUUUCGGGAUAAAAAAAAUGAAGCUAGCACUAUUUCUUUCAUCAGAGCACCGCAUUCACAAGUGCAAUGUUGAAACCUACGUGUGCUUUGCUCCCUUGCGAGCAGACUUGCACAUUCAAAGUAGGUUAUCGCUGCAGGAACGGAGCAUAAAUAUGCAUUCGCGUCACCAAAUAAAAUUGGAUGAUACGGCCCGUAAACUCUUCAAAACGCACACGGCAUUUAAAACGCAUAAGAAUGUCGCAAAAAUGCACCGAGACUGCAGCAAAACACGCAUGCAUACAACGCGCCAAAACACAAACAACGGACAGUGCUUCAUCGUCCCGUCCGCGCCGUGCUGACCGAGCAAAGUGCGACAGCAGCGCCCCGAGAUGCGAGGAUCGGUGGUGGGUCCACGCAGUCACGGGAGUUUGAAAAGUGAACCUAGUCUAAUAACGUUGGUUCUAACCAUAGAGUUAGUACAACAACUCUAGAAGAAAAUCUGGGCCGGAAAAGUGGGAACUUCUAGGGCGCCGCCCUGUUGCUACUGGUCAAUGUGGCCAGCGCAAUUACUAUUGAAAGAGCUGAAAACAAGUACAGGUCACCUUAUGCUUUGUCAUCUAAAAACGCAUACCUGAUGGUUUUAUGAAGAUGGUGCGUUAAUAUUAAGUUUACAGAAAGCGAUCGCUAAGUCAGUGACUUAUGUAAAUCACGAUGUACGCAUUCAUGCAAUAAAGGAU